AUGCCAGGGAAAUUGUUUUAAAAAAAUAUAUAAAUAUAAAUAAAACGACUUUACUAAAAUAAAUAAUGAAAGUCUAAAAAAAAAAUUCAAAUCUACUUUGUUGCUAUAUCGUGUAAAUACAGGAAUGAAAAUUUUGCUGCAAAAAUAAUGUUAUAAUUGCAUCAAAAAUCAAAUUAUAUGAGAUUUUCAAUAAAUUAUGUAUAAAUAAAUGCGCUGUUUUUCUCUUCUCUUCUCUUCAUUUCAUUUUGGUUUUAUAGCGCUAACCGCUGAACGUCGUCAAGUUAUAGUACAUGAACACUUGUUUGACAGUUCGACACAGACAACAGCGCUGCAUCACAACAGAUCAAGUGUAGCAUUGACAGGCUUGAGAUAAACGUCAUUCGCAUGAAUCACAUAUAGUUCAUAAGCGACGCCUAUGGCAUCAACAACAACACGAUACGUAAACAAAUCAUUAUCGGUGUAAAUAAAAACGAGCACGACUUUCAGCUAAGUGGGGUGGAUUUUCACAAUGGAUUCGGAAACCGAAAGUAUUCGGCAAAAAGUUGAUGUAAUUCAAAGCAUGAUUGAUCUGUCGACCGAUCGACUUGAAGCACUGCGUACUCAAUGUGUGACAAGUGCGGAACUAACGCAACAGGAAAUUCGAAAAUUGGAAACAAAAUUGGUGAAAAUGUUCGCAGAAUUACUAAUUACAAAAUCACAACUGACCAAACGACUUCCAAAAGGUUUAGCAUCAACUGGAUCCGAAUUGAAACAAUGGCUGAAAGUGGUUGGUUUGAGUGAUAGUACUUUGGAUGCAGUUUGGCAACGAGUUAGCACACUUGAACUGCUUUUGGACAAAAGUAACAAUGAAUUGCGUCAGUUGAUCGAAAAUAAUCCGGGCAUUGAGGAGAAUGAGAUUUUGCGCUGGCAACGAGCGAUGUUCAAUUUGAAGAGAUGCCAUCAAUCGAUGACAACUGACAAGGUCCCGGAACCAUCCGAUUUGUCGUGGACGUAUUGGAAUGGAAUUUUACACCAUAUACCGGCUGAUAGUCAAUCGAAAACCACAGAGACUGAUAAAAAUCAAGUGCCAUUGACACCAUUCAAGCGAGGACCGCUGAUAGCGCAUCGUUUCACCAAGAAAUUCAAAGCAUUGAGCACAUGUGAUUUUUGCAAUAAGCAAAUGUUUUUCGGUCUAAAGUGCAUCGAAUGUAAGUACAGUUGCCACAAAGACUGUGAAUCAAGUGUACCUCCCUCGUGUGGUGUACCACCUGAGCUAAUGACCGAAUUCAAGCAGACAUUCAAUUUGGAUACCACCAAUAAUGUGCCACAGCCGUCGCCAGAAAUCAUUGACGCAGGCAAUGGGUUCUUUUUUUCAACAUCAUCAUCACGAUCGAAUAGCAAGAAGUCGCCCACCGUUGUUGCGCCUGAAUCAAAUCUGGCAAGUAGCCAUCGCAGAUCAUCGAGUACAUUGGCAAUAUUGAAAAACUAUUUUGAGGAAUUGUCUUCGACCAGUGAACCGAAAAAAGAACCAUCGAUCCAUGUUGAAGAAGAAGUCGAGAAGCCGAUACCAAAGACUCUAUCCUAUCGAUCGUCAGAGUCGAUUUCGCUUAGUGAAUCGAUUGCUUUGAGCAUUGAUUCUGUGCCAUCCGAUUCAACAGAAGAUCGUCAAUCGGAAUGGGGCAUAAAUUUUGGUGACAUCAAAAUGUUGGAUGUAAUCGGUCGCGGUCGCUUCGGAAUUGUCAAGAGAGCACAAUGGCAUGGUGAUGUAGCUGUUAAGCUGCUCAACGAAAACUACCUGGAUGAUGCACAAUCAUUGGAUGCAUUCAAAGUGCAAAUUGCAACGUUCAAAAACACUCGGCAUGACAAUUUAAUUCUAUUUAUGGGAUUUUGCACUGAACCGCAGGCAAUCAUAACCUCUCUCUGCAAAGGAAACACAUUGUACACACACAUUCACUUGCUUCGCGAAAAGUUCUUCUUAUACAGAGCCACGAGUAUCGCGCAGCAAAUUUCCAAUGGAAUGAGCUAUUUGCAUGCAAAAGAAAUCGUUCACAAAGACUUAACGACCAAAAAUAUUUUCCUUGAAAAUCACAAAGUGGUUAUAACCGACUUUGGGUUGUUUAGUGCAAAGAAAUUGCGAUGCAACAACGGAUUAUAUAUUCCCAAUAACUGGCUUUGCUACCUUGCACCCGAACUAAAUCGAAGCCUGAAACAAACGAAAAAAGUGCACGACGAACUGCUAUUUUCAAAAGCAACCGAUGUCUAUGCAUUCGGAACAGUUUGGUAUGAAAUUUUAUCGGGAGAAUUUCCAUUCAAGGGACAACCACCGCACUCGAUCAUUUUUCAAAUUGGAUGUGGCAUGAAGCAAACACUAGCCAAUCUGCAGGCAACACGAGAGGUAAAGGAUAUUUUGAUGCUGAGUUGGGCUUAUCAAAUCGAUGAUCGACCCGAUUUCAAUAGACUUCUUCAAAUGCUCAAGGAAUUACCCAAAAAACAAAUGCCACGCACACCAACACGCAAGAUGCACCUAUCACUAUCGGCUGAAUCAGUAUUCUAAUCAAAUUGUUGCAUGAAAACUGUACAUUUGUGAACAAGAAAUAUUUUUAUUAGAAAAAUUCAUUUUACCUAUACAAAAACCAGCUUCCAAUAAACGAUACAAAUACAACAUUAAAUAGAAA